UAAUCCUGAAACUUGGUUUAACCAGCUGAACCAAAAAUUGGACGGCACUCAUUCAUUCAUGAAAUACGGAAAGGGUUUAUCUUAAAAACCGCGACCGGAAAAAGCAAAACAAACACGCCACAACACAUCAUUUUGAUCACUCCGAAGUCCUUCCCCGCCACCUUCUACGACGCCGUUCAUCGAUUCACCGGGUCGGAUCUCUAUCGAAUUCGGAUCCAAUCGCGAUCGGCGACUAUGGGGAAACUCUACGUGCAGAUGGAGCCGCCGGCGGAUCUCAACCGGAACACUGAGUGGUUCACCUAUCCCGGUGUAUGGACUACCUACAUAUUGAUUCUCUUCUUCUCAUGGCUCGUCGUUCUCUCCGUCACCAAUUGCACCCCCGGCACCGCGUGGACGAUCGUCAAUGUCUGCCAUUUCCUCGUAACUUACCACUUCUUCCACUGGAAAAAAGGAACACCUUUUGGUGAUGAUCAGGGAAUCUAUAAUGGCUUGACAUGGUGGGAGCAGAUUGACCAUGGAAAGCAGCUCACUCGCAAUAGAAAGUUCCUCACAGUUGUUCCAGUGGUUCUCUACUUGAUAGCAUCUCACACAACGGAUUAUCAAUAUCCGAUGCUGCUCUUCAACACAGUGGCAGUACUUGUGUUGGUUGUUGCCAAGUUCCCUAAUAUGCACAAGGUCCGAAUCUUCGGAAUCAACGGGGAUCUGUGAACUGCUACCUCGUCCAACAGUUUAUCUUAACUUAGUAGUUGGAAAAUGCAUGAUCCUCACAAUAUCUGUAAAGAAGGUUAUGCAUCUUUGGUGUAUAGAAUCUGCAUCUGAAACUCAUUAGUACGUUUUGGUCUGUGUAGCAUAUUUUGCUUUACUCGUUUUACGGUCACCCUCAAAACUGAUAGGCACUAAAUUGUAAACAAGCUGUUUAUUCACACUAGAAAGUUUGUAUACUUGUGUCUUGAUCAGUAUCUUGAUCCGGCUUAUAAUCUAUAAUCGUGUCUUAGACUGA